AUGCUGGAAACACGACCAAACUUGGAAGAUGGCCACGCCGUAAACAUGCUGGCCAUCUUUUUUGCCUCGACAGUGAGGGCUACACCAUACGAUAGUAUUUAUGGUCAAAUGUAUGCGCGUAGCACGGUGCGGUUCAAGUCAACUGAUGGUUCUGCGAGAAUUGGACGUACUACAAAUAUUCACCAAAGGGACCUUGAAAUGCCGGGAUAUUAUGCCGAAAGACGACGCAAGGAUUUCACUGGCUGCGCAGGACCACUACAUGAGAAAUAG